AGGAAACGACCUUGAACUUGGAAAAGAAAGUAGACUUUACGCCAUGGAAAUCGAAUCGAUUACAGGCCUUCGACCGCUUUCGAAUAAUGUCCCUUUCUCAAUGGGCAAUAAUCGUUUGGGUAAACUUGUUUUCACAUCCGGAUAUUGAGGGGGCCGCGUAAGCCAGGCGAGGUGAAAUUCCUCGUAACGCGUGACGGACGCGAACGAAUUGUGAUAAUAGGAGCAGCCUUUCCUCGGGAUCGAACGACAUUUUGUCGCCCUGUUGCAAUUCGUACGCGCUCGUCGACGUUUCGCGCUUUUACAAUUUUACGGCUGUCUUAAUUUAUUUUACAGCUACGCCAGAAUAAUUGAGCGUGAUAUUUUUACCGUGGGUUUAUGCGUACCACCGAGCGUGACAUUCUACGGGACUCGCGGGGGGAGGGCAGAGAAGGAGAGGGGGGCCAUCACGCCGCGACUCGCGACUUGAUUACCGGUCAUUAAACGAUGGAGUAUUUUUUUGCACAAGUAGCGCACGUGCGCUAUCAUUUCUGCGGUAUGUCGCGUGACAGGAGGGGGACCCCCCUCCUGCGUCGACGUCGUUUGUUUUAGAACGAUUUCCUUCGUGACGACUUUCUCCGAUUCUCGCCUUCGCACUCCGACACGCACUUUUCGUCGUCCUCACGCUAACCGUAAAUAAUUACCGGACGAAACGGCGGAUGAACUUUCAACGACGUGCACGUGGACUGAAAGUCCUCUCGUCUCGUCGUCACAGUGAAGGCGCGGGUAAGCGAAAGUGAUGGAUUAGCGCAGAUCGUUAUGAUCGAUGAUUUAAAAACAACUUUAGCCGCGGGAAAGGCGGAUGUGGCAGAUGUGUUGCAAAUUCGUCAUGACCUCUUCGAGUGGCAAACACUGGCUGCUCGAAGAUCUAACGUGGAUAUAGUCGCGUCGCACUUACCGUAUGUUUAAUGAAAUAAAAGAAUAAAGGGAAAGCGGAGAAUGAUCCGAAUGCCAUAAAAAAGUGUAUUUUUAAUAUUUUAAUGAUUUUUUAUUUAUUUAUCAUGUCUAUAUAAUUUGAUAUUUCCAUAUAUUUAUACGUGGAAAAAAUCGUUCUUUUUCAAUUCUAAUUUUUAUUCUUUCUUGUUCUCAAUUAGAUUAUAUUUUGCUUCUAUCUUUUUCAAUUGUUUUCUACAUAUAACAUGAAGGUUAUAACGCUCGCGUACGUUUGCAAUAUUUUGUUUUUCAAUGAGAUCGUCGAGUUCAAAUAAUCAGUUGUUUGUUUAGGUGUAACGAGAAUUUAAAAAAUCAUGGAGCAGUAAAAUCUGUAGUGAAUAUAAGGGAUGUAAUCUGAUUUACAUUCUGAUAUAAAAUGAUACGGGAAAUGCCAGAACGAUUAUUGAUCUUAGGAAAUGCGAUUAUUUCCAAGUACAAAAAAAACUUGCAAAAAACUACUAGAUUAUCGCGUAACGCGUUUCGAUAACGUAUUAAAUAAUUCUAUUCGUUCUCAGCAUAUCGUAUUGUGUUUCGGUGAACCAAGGAAGCAUGAUCUAAUGUGUGUUGGCUCGGCGAUCCCAGAAUAAUUAUGGCGAGCACUUUCGGCAACGGUGAAAUCAUCGUUGCGACAGAAACGAGAAAAUGUUUUAUUAAGCAACGACGGUAUACACGGGUCGCAUUGUAAAGCGCUGGAACGCGUUUAGCAUACGAUAACAUCGACGGUAAGGGUUCAAGCGGCCUAUUACAACGGAUAUACAUUAGUCAAUACAUUCGCGUUAACACGGUGACCGAUUAUUAGCUAUCGUGACGUCGCGGAAAAUUUCGAAAAUUGAACAAGUCAUUGUUUUUUACUGAUAGCAAUCCAGAUAUUUUAAAAUAAGAAAAACAACAUGGCUUCCAUCGAUAAUUUUAUAAUUGUUGUAAACAGUAAUAUAUUUUAAAAGAAAACCGCUUAGUCCGUUUCAGCUCAAUUAUCAACAGCCAUACAUUUUUUCGCUAAUUUUACCACUGAUUUCAAAAUGUUAUAUGUGAUAUACAAGUUUUUUAUUACAUUAAUCGAAUUGUGACAGUUGUUAUAUAUACAAUUAAUAGGAAUUUAGCAGUUUUUUAUAUAUGUAUAUUUGAAAAAUUCAACAGUCGCAUUUUUAUAAUUUAGUAUAAUUUAUAUCUGUGACAAACAAAAUAUUAAAUAUACGAUAAAUCAUUAUUAAAUGAUUAUUAAAAAUCUAGCUUAAAUAGCUCAAAAUAAAGCUAUAAAAGAAAAGAAUAAAACUAAUAUAUUAUUAUGUCUUUUAAAUUAUAAUUUUUUGUGUAAAGCUUGCUGCUUGUCUUGACGAAUGUUUCCUGGUCAUUUUGUCGGCGAAAUGAUAUCUUAAUGAUAUUUUGAACUUAAAAUAACUAGCUUAUUAUUGAGUCAAAUAAGUCGUACGACUUAUUCUGCACAUAUGCAAAUGUUACGUAUUUUGUUCGGGGAAAUUUUGUUGUGCACUAUAUUAUUUUGCGUUGUAAAUUUUGAAAGUUUUGCAUGAUUAAAUACCAUAUCUCGAUUUAGGUCACACUGUAACUACACGGGUGCAAAUUGGAAUUUUGAUUUUUUGAAGCUAUAUAUCUUGGUGAAAUAAAACCAAAUUUUUAUCCAAAAGUACAUAUUUUGGGGGUAACAUUUUUUGAGAAAUGCAAUAGAGUAACUUGUAAACCAAAAAAAUAAUAUUUUAAUAGUGAAAAAUGACCAAAAUUAUAACAAUUUUUUUAAAAUCGCACUUUUUCUUUAAGAAAUCACUAUUUUGAUUUUAAUGAAGAUAUUUACAUGAACCUUGUGGGAGAUUGAAGAUAAAUAGUUAUAUUUGAAGUAAAAAAUAUCUCGAUUUGACUCUAAGAAAUUAAAGUUUCUUCAAAGGUGUUUGAAAAUACGAUAAUUUUUUAUUAUGAAAAUAUUUUAUUAUUAUUUUUUUAUUAAUUGGGUCAGGUAUCUUACUCAGUCGGAACCCUCAACAAUAGGCAUAUUUGUCGUAGUUAGGUGAAACCGUUAGGACGUGCAGGUAGUGUAAGAAUUGCGAGUAUUGCUGAUAUAAAAAACUAUUUAUUUUAACUGUUCUUUAUAAUGCAACACUCCGUUACUUGACUACGUCUAACUCAGGAUGCGAAUACUUAGAGAACUGUUGCUACACUUUGUGUGCUCUAUUUAUAGGGUUAAAACGACGCGUAAUGCUUACUUAAUAAAAAGAAAAUUCCAAACUUAUCCAUACGGUCUUUGAUAUGGAAAGAAUGGAAAGUGUUUCUUAAAACAAAAGCUAAUAGAAAAUAUAUCUUAUAGAGUCAAAUCUUUUAUCUUGAACAUUAAGAAAUAUAACUAAUCCUUUCUAAGUGCAUUCCUGGGGUAUGUACAUGGAUUGUUCUCACAGUAGAAACUUGUAGAAGAUUGAAAUUUUUGUUGGUGCAAACUUGCACCCGUGUCUAAAUAUGUAAUUUUAUAACGCUAAUCUAUAAUUAUAUAUUAAUUAAUUAAAAUCUUAUCAAUUUUUCAAUAGUUGAAAAGAAAUUAGGAUGAAGAAAAAUAUGAUAAAUUACGAAUCGAUACGACGGACUUUCUGAUUAUUUAUUCAUUUAGCAUUGCUUAGUCUUUAUUUCGUUAAUUAGUCCCGACUUUUGCUAAUGAAUUAUCUAUAAGAGUUAUCAAAUGCCGACUGUCAAGUUUUACAUUACGAGUCGCGAAUCUCUAAGCGAAACUUUUUAAUAAUAUUUUAAAUAAUAAAGAGAGACAGAAAUUAUAUAUUUUUUUAAGUAAAAAUACACUUACAAAAUUAUUUAAUUUGAGGUAUUUAAUUUUUUUAAAGCUUUAUAUGUAUAUGUACAGGUUCUUGUGUUUUUUCCAAGCAAAAAAUUUUAGUUCAGAAUUUAUCACACUUUAGCAUACCGCUUUACCGUAUCAACAUUUAUCGCAUAUCUGCUUCUAAUGUGUUUACCAUACAUUGUACUUCCGAGUUUGAUAUUAUCUUUGCGCGACAUCAAAGUGUCGCGCAGAUAUUAAAAUUUUAAUUAAAACAUAUUUUUAACUAUAUUUUUCAUAUCUAAGGCUUCAUUUUUAAUUUUUUAUUCUCGAGUGCGAUUCUCUUCGGCAUUAUUUUCGCGAAGCGAUAGAGAACUCCCGAAGUGGAGGGACCGAUCGGCCGUCGUCGAGCUUAAACCGCCGUUCGCUGCUCGUGACAGGUAAAGAGACGGCGUAAUGCCACGGUGGGAGUCAGUUCUGUUAUAGUAGGCCACGAGGCAGCAGCAACUCUCGUGCUCCUGCAGGCCUCACUCGCGUACGCAACGCACGUCGGCUUCGCUCUCUCUCUCCUCGUUUCGAUGUGCGCGAGUACUAUCGUACCGUAAAGAAAAAAAAAAAGAAAAAAAAAUCACGUCGUCGCGCGAGCCACGUCAUUUGUCGAGAAAUUAAUUGUAAACGAACGUUACCGUGCUGGUGAACUUGCUGAAGAAAAAGGGGAAGGAAUAGCUUUAGGGAGAAGCCGAUCGAUGUUGAGUCAUCGCAACUUUCGUUGCGCGUUUCGGGACCGAGGUACUGGACGAACGUGAAAUCCUGGUUCCUCUAGUUGUAUGCACUGAGUGUUCGUGCGUUCGUCGCGGACAUGUCAGAAUAAGCCAGUAAUAAGCGAAAUAGCGAACUUGCGCAAGAAGCGAAUUCGGUGCCCGAUUUCUUUCACGGCGGAGAAAGCAGACGGCUGAUCGAGUCGACAAGUAUAAGCCGCGAUGCAGCGCCGUUUCCUGUCUCUAUCUCAACCCGCUCCGGCCACAAAAUAAAUGCCCACGAUGAAGAAAUCGCUCGCACUUUAAUUGCCGCGCUUUAAUUUUCUUAUAUUGACUGCCCGACCUAGAACUAUCACUUCGAACGAAUUCCCAUGAAUGGCGAUUUCUUAACGUCGCUGUACUAGAAAAGACGAAUAAGCAAUCACGGCCUUACAGAAACAAUUGUUCUCCGAGAUCGAAGAAAACGGCGAUUCAUCGGGGUCCUUCUUCUAAUACGUACAUAGAACUCUUCUUGCUGGGCCUCAUCGCCAAGUAAAACAACAGGAUGCAAACUUGACGGUUUCGUUGUCAUCCUGAUGCGAUUCACCGUGGAACGAUGGGUUUCUAACCACCCACAAUGAUGGUGGACUUUUAAAGAGGUUUCCGGGAUUGUCCAGAGACGUGAGAUGAUUGGCAAACUUCUUCUGGCUCUUUGGAUAUUACGAUGGACCAGUUUUAUCGCAGAACCUGUUGCGGGACAGGUGCUUUCAUCCUUCGACGAAAGUGUGGACGAAAAGAACGACGUAGAAAUUUUUCGCGCGGUCGUCGAAUCAAUGAAAGAAUGGUCGCGUCAUAAAAAGGCCAAUCACAGAGGAAAAAGAGAGGUGUCCAAGGUUUGCUAUGAGGACAUCGGGUGCUUCGAGGAUACCGGACCUUUUAGUUAUCUGGAGAUGCUGCCGUCGCCGCCAAAAGACGUCGGAACGAGGUUUCUCGUAUAUGGAAGUAGAAAGGCAAGAUCGAUUCCCAUGGAGGUGCCCGCUGACGACAUAAACGAUAAUGCCCACCGUGCCAUAGAUCCCAAUCUUCCAACGAAAGUGAUCGUGCAUGGAUUUGGGAGUGACUGCAAUCAUUUAUGGGUUUAUGAUAUGCGAUCAGCGUUAAUGAGCAUUCACGAUUGCAAUAUCGUUUGUGUGGAUUGGGGACCCGGCAGCGCAGUACCAAAUUAUGUAAGAGCAGCGGCCAAUACACGAUUAGUGGGUCGGCAACUGGCAAAAUUAAUCCGCAGCUUAAAUGUGCCGUUGGAAAAAGUACACAUGAUAGGUUUCAGCCUGGGGGCACACGUGGCCGGAUUCGCCGGUGCCGAGCUCGGAAAUGUGUCCAGAAUUACCGGAUUAGAUCCUGCAGGGCCGCUUUUCGAGGCGCAGGAUCCGAGGGUUCGCCUGGACGCGACGGAUGCAAAUUUCGUCGAUGUUAUUCACAGCAACGGCGAGCAGCUAAUCUUGGGUGGACUCGGCUCCUGGCAGCCCAUGGGCGACGUGGAUUACUAUCCGAAUGGCGGAAAAAUGCAAAGCGGGUGUUCGAAUAUUUUCGUCGGUGCCGUCUCCGACAUUAUCUGGUCGAGCGCGGUCGAGGGUAGAUCGUUGUGCAACCAUCGACGGGCAUACAAAUUUUUCACCGACUCCGUAAGCCCGAAAUGCCGAUUUCCUGCGUUUCCCUGCGACAACGGUUACGAAGGUUUGCUGAAGGGUGACUGUUUCCCCUGCGGUACGGAUAAUAUGGCUCGACCGUGCGGCGACAUGGGCUAUUACAGUAACGAGUCGCCUGCCAGGGGCCAGCUUUACCUGAUGACCAGGGACGAGGAGCCUUUCUGCGCUCAUCAGUACCAGAUCAAGGUGUACAAUAGUCGGAGCGAGAGAUCCGCCAGGAGUUACGGCAAGCUUCAGGUCACGCUGGUGGGAAAAGGUUCUUACAAUGACACAUUCGCGAUGACUCGUAAGGACGAAGAGCUUUUGGUAGGAGCCAUUCUUCAGAAAAUCGUUGUGCCACAUCCUGCAGUUACUCAUCUCGAAGCAAUCGAGAUCAAAUAUACAGCGUACAGCGGCUGGAUAUCGUCCGGUUUGGUGUCCUGGACUAUCGACAAGGUGGCCAUAAUCGACAGUUUCGGCAAGAUUUUGUCGAUUUGCAAAAAGGGUUUGAUUUUAGAAUCGGGCCGAUCAGUUUACCUACCCCUUUAUCCUGGGGAAUGCAACAUACCCUUGGACACCGACACGAACUCCACUGCGUCUGCCGCGGUACCGGCGCUCGAACAUGUGACGAUGGAAGAGAGGCAGGGUGGCAUAGGGCCAUUCACGAAGGAGCAAAACUACGAGAUAAAGGAUACUCCCGAAUACUCCGUGGAGAUCCUGCCGACGGACAGAACAUCGCAGAGACGAGGGGGCCUGGGUCCAUUCACGAAGGAGCAGAAUCGACGUGUCGUCGAGGUCGAGACGGCGUCCUUCGAGGACGCGGAGAAGCGGCGCAACGUCGCAAACCCGUGGAUCAUCCUGGACAUAUCCGGCGAUGGUGACUCGAAUUCGCUGGAGAACGCCGAGUCGGAGCAAGGACGGAGCUUCUCUGGUGCCGCCAACCUGAUCUAUCGCGCGUCGACGAUGCCAGAGCGUGUUGCUGAGACUACCAUGACCCCUGUCAUCACUACCACGGAGCUAUUAUUGCCGGAGAUCAAGGAACCGGUACUGCGCCCGAGCAAGAAGGAUGUCGGCCGAUCGCUCAAGUUGCCCGAGAUCACGGAACCGAUUCUGCGUCCACGCGCUACCAGGCACAACACGCGGAACGAAGUGGUGCCGCAGCAGCAGCAGCAGCAUCAAGCAGGUAGGCAACGUGACGAGAUACAGGAGACAUCGUCGACCUCUACGAGAGCGUUCACCGUGCAGUUUCUACCCGAGCGAUUGGCUGGCAUCCUGGCGCAGGCGGAACGAUACGCUCGACAGACUCUGCUGCCCUUGAUCUCGCAGUACACGCCGAGCUUCGUGAGCGGUAUACGGCAUGAAGAGCCCAAGUAUUUUCCUCUCUUGAGCGACAUAGUGCGUCCUAGAAGUGCUGAUAACACCGAGACUAACAAAACGACUGGCCGACAACGGAGCAGCGAUCAAAUCUCGCGGGUGAUCAUCAGCCAGAGCAAAACUGACAAAUCGUUCAGCAUCAAGGACGAACGAUACGAGUCCACCUCGAGCGCGCAAAUGGAGAACGGUAAAAACGAGUAUAACAUGUCGAAAGCCGAAAUAUCGCCGAUGAUAGUUGAGGCUAUAUAUCCGGAGAAAAUAGCGAAUGCCAAUUCCACCGGUCUUAAGAUGAAAACGAGCGGGAACAGCGAUUGGCUGCCGAUUGAUGAAUCGGCAACCCCUUUGAAGAAUUCUCCGUCGCGAAGAGACUCGAAUGUUUCGCGUUCACUGGACUGGUCCAUCGACAUCAAUCAUGACUGGACUUCACGGACGGUGAACGCAAACGCGGAAACUGAGGUCAAGUCUGAUGACAAUUGGGUGCCGAUCACUGUCAAGAGCGACGUUAUCUCGACUGCGCGAACUGUAACGUCGAGUGAAGAAACGACGGCGGUGCCGACGAUGAAGAUCGACAGUUCACGAAAGUCCACCGAAGGCAGUGACAAGACCAAAGAGGAAGCCACGACUGCAAAUACAUAUGAAAGGAAAUUCAUACCUCUGAUCGACUUUGAUGUGACGACUAGUAAUCCGCCCUCAUCGACUGAUGCUAAUGAAGUUUCUACGACGGUUUCUUCACAUAUCCAGAAAAUUCCGCGACACAAAAUGACAACAAAAAGUGCCAGAACAAUAAUACAUCCCACGAUGAUGUUCCCGUAUGCUUACGAGCGAAAAAAUGAUCCUAGAACAAGAUAUAUACCGUUGAUCCCUGAAGAAGACAUGGGCAAGGCUUAUCCAAUGUCCGAGAGGGAUCGUUAAUAUUACAUAUGAUAAAGAAUGAAAAAAAGUGAAGUUUUUUUUACAAUAAAAUUGCGAGAUGCAAGAUUGUAGAGCGCACUAUUCGACAUUAUUUAUUAGAAAAUGAUCUACUUAAUUUUUCUCUGGCAAAAUUCAAAAUUUAUUUUUAGGAACUCUCUUAUUGUAGAAAUGACAAUGUCAAAAACGAAGAAAUUCGUAGGAUUGUUGGCAUUAUGUUAAGCAAUAUAAGAUCAGUAAUAACUUGGUGUUAUUUUAAUCGGAUUUAUUCAGGUAUUUCUAUGACUUUAAAAAUAGAAGCUAUGCGUUGUUUCUUCGAUGAACAAAAUCGUAAAUUCAAUGCUGCGCGAUAUAAAUUAUAAGAAAUUGAAACUACUACACAAGUGAUUUUUUGUCAAUGACUUAAGUCAGAAAUGAUAGUUUCAUUUAUACAUUUAAUAAUACAUUUAUCAAAAUAAUUUUGAAAUAAAAAUUUUGCUGUACAUGGGUACAAUUAAUAAUCUGUGAUGAGAAAUAAUGCGAGUUAAAAUAAGUAUUCGAAUUAUUCUUAUUUCUUGCCUCAAAAUUAUACGCGUUAUUUCUUAUAUGGCGAUGAUAAAAUAUUAGAUAUAGAAAAAUGUAAGAGCAAUUUUUAGUGAAAUGAAAUAUCGUGCCUUAUAAUAGUUGUCGUAUCAUCUUAUUGACAUUAAAAUAAUGCUUCCUUUAAAUCAGUUCAUAAAUAAUUAUAUUAAAAUUAGGAAAAACCGUAAAUUUUUCUUUCGGUUAUUUGAAUUGUUAAGACUUAAUGACUUUAUAGAAAAAAUCUUUAAUAACUUUCCAUUUUUCUUCAUAAAAAUUGGGAGCCCUUAACUUUAUUACCUUUGUAUAUAUAUAGGAAUUUUUUUACAUAGCUAUAUAUAUAUAUAUAUAUAUAUAUAUAUAUAUAUACACAACACAUAUAUAUAGCUUCGCCUUUUAUUAUUAAUCAUUAUAACUAUUAUUAUCAUCGCCGUUAUCGUCGCCAUCAAUUCUUUUUCCACGCUUAUUUAUGCCCAUUCUAUGAGUAGUGAUCAUUGAUCACGAAAGAAUCAGGCGUUCACAGCGCUCGCUAUUAUAUAUAUAUAUAUAUAUAAAUAUAAAAAAAAAAAUAUAUAUAUAUAUAUAAUUUUUAUAUUGUAAAUAUCUCGACGACCAACGCGGAAAACCACGAGGGAACCCGAGAUAUUACGCGUACCCUCCUCUUUAUAGUAUAAUAAUAUAAAGAACUAGAAGAUGCGGACUACAACGAUAGUAGUUGUAGAUUCUAGACAACAGUUGAAAAGUAUGGAAGAGACGACGUUUGUGUAGAUUUAUAUAUAGAUAUAUAAUCUUUAAUAUAAUUGUUUUUACUUAAAAUAAAUAACCCAUAUCUUUCUUUUUUAUAAAAA